AUGCCGGCGAUAGGAUACAGCUUGCCUGCCGUAGAUGGCAGCGGCUCGACAGCACCGCCGCUGCCUAGUGCGUCUCUGUUGCCACCCGAGAUCUUCCAUCAUCUUGGCCAAUACUCGCCCUGGUUUCCGGCCGACGCAGAAUCAUCUCGGCUCAGUGCUCCCCACGGCUGCUCGGUCGUAUUCGUCAGCCAGCUAGAAAGGCACGGCUCUCGCUAUCCCACGGGAGGUGCUUUCAAGGACCUGAGCAAGACGCUGCGUCAAGUCGCAAAGCAUCUUCAGCACGUUUCCGACGCAGAACCAUUUCAGCGCCACGGCCAAGGCCUCGACCCGGAUCUCAAGUGGCUGCGCCAUUGGGUCGACCCGAAAAAGCGCUCGGAUGGUGGGCUUCGCAACCGCAUUGGCGACUCGGAGCUCGUACCAUUUGGGCAGUACGAGGCCUACUCUUCGGGUCGGCGCUUCUACGAGCGCUAUGCUGAUCUCUUCGAAUCUGAGCAUGUCGAUGUCAACCUCGACUAUGCCCAACAUUCGAGCGGCAACGAAGAAGCUGCAUGCUUCAGAUCCCUGCUGCAGGCAGCGUGUCCGACCCAGUUGAGCUCUUCUCCUCCAGCCAGCUACGUGUCGGCGCUACAACUGCAUCGUUAUGUUCGUCAGACGAUCUGCCACUACCUGGGAGCCGGCCAUUCCGCCGAGGAGUUGAAGCUGGAAAAGCGCCCUUUCGUGAGGGCCUCGGGCGGAGACCGCGUGGUCGCCACAUCCCGCUUCUGGCUACAGGGCUUCAAGAACUCGCCUCAUAGAACUUUCCAGCAUGCUCCGCCCGAGUCAGCCCCCUGGCCACAAAAGGGUCGUCCUGCCGUGAUUGGAGAGCUGAAAAGCGGCAAGCCCCAUCGAAGAAUUCACAACCUGCCCGAGCCAGAUGUCAUCAUCCCCGAAGUGCGCAAGAUCGACGACCCUGCCCAACCUGGUAGCAAUAACACGCUCGACGUGCACACCUGCUCUGCUUUCGAACACCAACAUCGCGACAACGCGCAGAGCCCUGCUUCGCUCAAGAAAGAGGCCUUCACUAAGAGAGCCACGGCACGAAUCCGUCGGCGUCUCGCUCGCCAGCUUGGCAAAGACCAUCGAGGCGAUAGGCUGGAUUUAGAACCGCAGCAGGUGUUGCAGCUCUUCAGUCUUUGUGCCUUCGACACUGUAGCGCGCCUCGACCCCUACGGGAUUCUCUACGACCAGCCGGAACGCAACGAGGGCGCUGUGAGCCCUUUCUGCAACCUCUUCAAACCCGACGAAUUCGUCAGCAUCUACGAAGUCACCACGAAUAUGGAGAAGGAUUAUGGAUUUGCCACCCACCAGCCCUUCCAUAGAGCCCUGGCGACCCCUUGGCUUCGCGAGCUCGUCGCUAGACUCGAGCGACGCGCGCCCGUCAUGUCGCCUCCUACCUCUAUCAACACGACCCUCGAUGAGGACCCGAAGACUUUCCCUCUGCCCUCAGAGGGUGGCCCACGAGCAUUCGUCGACUUCACGCACGACAACCAGCUUGCACCCGUCAUCGCGUCGCUCGGACUGUUGGGCGAAGAGCAGAGCUGGAAGGCUUCAUUGACCACUCCCUUCUCCGGCAGGAUGACGGUCGAACAGCUCGCCUGCAACGCCACCGAUUACGUACGCAUCCUGGUCAACGAUGCACCUGCAAACGCCUCGCAGGGCAAAUGGUGCCCAGGUGCGGUUCAGAACUCGGCGGCCGAGAGCGAUCAACUUUGCCCCUUGCCUUCCUUCCUGGAGUCGCUCCGAUGGGUGGAUCGCGCAAACGAGUGGAACAAGUGCGACUCGGAGGAUCUCCAGCACUCGCAUCAAGAGUCAUCUCCGCUGUGA